AGACCCAUCAACCAAUCCCUCUGUCUCUCUCUCUCUCUCUCUCUCUUCCCUAUAUUCUAAGCAAACCCCACAACCAUCAAUGUCAUCAUGAUCAUUUUUCCCACUUCAUGAAGCCUCCUCCUCUCCUCUCUCCCUCUGUAGCGCUCUUUCUCUAUAAAGUAUUCACUGACCUACACCAACCCAGUUGGGAGAUAAAUUAAAGUACUGCCACUACCCAUACCAAGGAUAUCUCAUCCACAGCCUCUCAAAAUGAGGAAGCCAGCUGAGCCCUCGGCAGCAGCCGGGACCAACAACAAGCUUCGGAAGGGCUUGUGGUCGCCAGAAGAGGACGACAAGCUCAUGAGUUACAUGCUCAACAAUGGACAAGGUUGUUGGAGUGAUGUCGCUAGAAAUGCCGGCUUGCAGAGGUGUGGGAAGAGCUGUCGCCUUCGUUGGAUUAAUUACUUGAGGCCUGACCUCAAGCGAGGUGCCUUCUCGCCCCAAGAAGAAGCCCUCAUCAUCCAUUUGCACUCCCUUCUUGGCAACAGGUGGUCUCAAAUUGCAUCACGCUUGCCAGGACGCACGGACAACGAGAUAAAGAACUUCUGGAACUCAACAAUAAAGAAAAGGAUAAAGAACUUGUCAUCCACACCCUCGCCAAACACAAGCGACGUCUCAUCAUCGCCUAAAGAUGUUAUGGGGGGACUCAUUUCCAUCCAAGAACAUGGCAGCAGCAUCAUGCCCAUGUACAUGGAUUCAUCAUCUUCCAUGCAGAAUAUGACCCUGAACAACCACCACAUGAUCGAAUAUCCAUCGCAUGUGCUCGAGCAUGGCCUGAACAUGCCAAGCGGAUAUCUUAAUGCAGUACCCCAAUACAUGACUCACCAAAUUGGUGUAUGCGGAGAUAGUUUUCAUGGGGGAAAUGGUGUGUUUGGCUUAGACGGGGACCUGUUUGUUCCUCCUUUAGAGAGUGUGUGCAUUGAAGAAGAAGCAAAAAGUACUGAAAACGCAUACAAGAAGGCAAUGAUCAAUAAUAACAGAUCGACAGAAAACUUAGCUCGGGUUGGAAAUUAUUGGGAAGUAGAAGAGCUUAGAAUGGGGGAAUGGGAUUUGGAGGAGUUGAUGAACGAUGUUCCCUCCUUUCCUUUACUUGGAUUUCCAAGUUCAGUCAUCAACUGAGACCCCCACAACAUUUUCCUUUUUCUCUUUUGAUAUUUGUAUAUUUUUUUUUUAUGUGAAACCCCUAGCCGUACGUUCCUUUCAUAGAGUUAACUCCCCAAUAUCCAAAGUCUUCUUAGGAAAAGUAAAAAAAAAAUCAUUGUUUAUAUGUAACAAACUACCCUAUAGCUUUUGUUUGCCUGGCCUUUACAAAUGAGUUCCUGGCCUUUUGCUGUACUGUAUAAUGGAAGGGUCUGAAAUAAAGGGCACACUUUAAGAUGUA